AUGGAACACGAUCCUUUUAAAUGGGGCAGACCUGAUAACGCCACUUACGGUGACUAUGACUACAGAAUCUCUAAUGCUAAAAAUACUGAAUUUCCAUCGAUGCAUACCCAACAACCAAUUGUCACUGGUACUUCUGUCAUUGCCAUAAAGUAUAAGAACGGUAUUGUAAUGGCUGCUGAUAAUUUGGGUUCAUACGGCUCAUUGGCUAGGUUCAGUAACAUUGAAAGAUUGAUACCAGUCGGCAAAGAUACUGUGGUUGGUAUCAGUGGUGAUAUUUCCGAUUUACAAUAUAUUGAAAGAGCUUUGGAUGAGUUGGAAGUGGAGAACGAUUAUGAUGGUGCCAGCCACCCAUUCAAGGCUAAUCACAUACAUGAAUACUUGAACAAAUUAUUAUAUCAAAGAAGAUCUAAAUUGAAUCCUUUAUGGAAUGCCGUGGUAGUGGCUGGUAUCAACAGUGAUAAUGAACCAUUCUUGGCACAUAAUGACUUAUUGGGUGUUCAAUUCUCCUCACCAACCUUGGCCACCGGUUUUGGUGCCCAUUUAGCCAUUCCUUUGUUGAGAAAGGUUGCUGAUAAAGAGGAAGACGUUGCCCAUGUUACCAAAGAACAAGCUAGAGAAGCUAUAUUACAAUCCAUGAAAGUUUUAUUCUAUAGAGACGCAAGAUCUCUGAAUAGAUUCAGUUUAGUUACUAUUGAUAAAGACACUGGGAUAAGCUUCGAAAAGGAUUUGAAGGUUGAAAAUAUGAGUUGGAAAUAUGCUGAAACUAUCAAAGGGUAUGGUAACCUUCAAAAAUUCUAG